AGACAAAUCGGCGCGGGCAUGAACAGAGCAACUAAUUUAGAACGAAUUUUCAGCCAGUUAUCGGUUAAAUCAUAAAAUGUUCAAAUUCGAAUGGAAAUUAAUAAAUAAAAAGUCUGUCGAUAAACGUGAAAUUCGUUGAAUAACGGAUAGUGCGGUGAAAAGUUGCAGAAAUACAUGUGUUGAGAAGAAUCAAUACCACCAACCCAAUGUCAAGCUACUGAACGUUAUAACCUUGUGGCAUGUAACCCACCUACAACAGCAACACGCAACGAAAAAAAAGCCACUUAAAACGGAAAUAAAAAGCAGCAAUUGCCGCAAAUAUAACGCCAAGAGUCCAAGAGUCAAGCUUUAAAUGCAAAUUGCAUUAGUCUUUUAUGGCCCACUUUAGCUGCUGAAUCGAUUUAUUAUGAAACACCUGCACGGCGACCGCAGCAAGUGUGUCAUCUUGUCGUAGGGCCCUCAAAGCGCAGUGCCCCAAAAAUUUAGCCGAAAAUCAAUAACGUAUCCCAAGGCGAGGUGAAAACUCCAUAUUCUGGCAAACGAAUUGCUCAGCCUCUGACUACGUCCUGUGUAUACAAUACGGCAAAAGUCAUUGCUGCCCACAAACUGAAUCCACAACCACCACCAGCAGCAGCUCCGGCCCGUCUGUGCGGCGUACCCGUUACACGCAGGGGGCAGUCAGGAGCGAGAAAUAAAGAGCGAAAGGGAAGAGAGCAGCUUCUGCAGGAGAGUGUUGUUUACAAUCACACUCGCACUCUCUUCCAACUCGCAUCACUCUACGGGUUCGACUAAAUUAAAACCCCCUCACGAAGAGGUCCUUGUUAAGUGCUUGAAUUAAUUCUGCGCUUUGUUCGCGUCAUCGAAACAAUAGACAUCAACUGCUGAUAAAUAGCAAUAAAUAACGCUCUCUAUCUCACACACACCAACACAGGGACUCUGAAGAGCCAAUUCUAGUGUCAGUGCAAACACUUGUUGCUGUUUAACAUUAUACGCCAAAGGUGGCGGCAAUGAUAGGAACACUAUGAAACAGGCCCUCAGCCCCGAAGUGCCGCCUGGUCUAGAGGGAGUGUCAUAUUUGUAAUAGCGUGUACUUUGAGAGCAUUUCCACAGCCAACUGAAUUCCAAACACUGAGCUGGUGAAGAAUCGUAAACAUGUCGACUUGGGGGCAUGCGGCCGGUAACGUACUACUGGCGUUGAUAGUUAUUUUGGCAUUGGCAAAAUUCGCUACGGCUGAUAAUUGUUUUCCAACAAUAUUUGGAUUUCUAACUAUUGUAUGGAUUCCACAUGUCUCAGCCGAAUGUCAAACGCGCUCCAUUUACUGCUAUGAAUGCGAUUCCUGGACGGAUGCGCGCUGCAAGGACCCCUUCAACUACACGGCUCUGCCACGCGACCAGCCCCCGCUGAUGACCUGCAACGGCUGUUGUGUGAAGAUGGUGCGGCAUCAGAGAUCACCCUACGAGGUGGUGCGACGCAUGUGUACGUCACAGUUACAGAUCAAUUUAUUCAUGGUCGAUCACGUGUGCAUGAUGGAAAGUUCAGGCAAUGGACAUAUGUGCUUUUGUGAGGAAGAUAUGUGCAAUUCUAGUCAAAAUUUAUAUCCGAACGGUUACAGACACUUCAUAACAAUCACAAUGUCAUUGCUAACAGGCAUUUUGCUCAAACAGUUUGUACACAGAUAGAAAGUGUAGGUGAUGCUAUACAAGUACGAGUAUUAGAGCGAACACUUCCAGGCCAGCGCCUGGGAGGGACACAGAGUUGCUUACACAUACUACUAUAUACUACACUAUACUACAGCAUACAAAUACCAAUACAACACAACCUCAUACGCAUACAUUUAAACUUAAACCAAAUAAGCAACUAAUUCUAAUUAUAUUAUACGAGUACAUAAUUCUAAUUCUAAAUUUUCGCAUCUAUCAUUUGUAGCAAAAUUGAUUUUUGUAAAUGAAGUUAAUUUUGUUUUCGUAGCACACUGAUGGCGAAAUCCAUCAAGUAUAGUAGUUAUAAAUCGGAAGAUAUAGACAAGCACCUGAUUCCAUGCAAUUCGUUUGACUUCUUGAUAAACUGUUAAAUGAUUAUGCAUAGAAAACUUCUACAGACAGAAGUGUAGUUGAAUAAGUGCUAGUUUAAAGCUUUGUUGCACUCUAUGGAAACUAAAACAUUUGUAAAAAGAAAACCAAAGACAAAAACCAAAACCGAUUCGAAAAAAAAAAAACAAAACGAAUCUUUACAUUUUCGAAUGCAUGUUGUUUAUGCUAAAGCAUGUAGCGCUUAAGUAGUAGGUAUCGUAGAACGAUUUUGUUUUGUUACUUACAUUUGUAAAGCCGAACAACGUGACAUAUUUUGAACGUAUCAUACCAAUACACAAUACAAUCGUAUAUAAGUCAUAAGCACAUGAACUCAAACGGAAACUCAAACACACACAUAAUACAUUUGUAAAAAAAACUUAUAAUUAGUACAAAAAUACAAAUGUUAUCAUCGAUUGAAAAAGUUGUGGCCAUCAAAAUCUUUGGAAAGAUUACGUGAUCGCCUAUUUAUUGCCAUCAGGGGCACAUCCAGAUAAAAACUCAAAUAAAAUUUGCUCAUCUUGUUUAUGCCAGUGUCGAUAAUUCUCAUGUACAUAGCGCUAUUAGUUAUUGCUAUUAAUGGCCAGUUUUGUAAUUGUCUAAGUAGUCUUCUAAGUUUAAAAAACACUCUACUGGCUUCACAUUGUCCAAUCAUAUCGCCUCGGCUAUGCUACGAUGCUUAUGGCUCCAUAAAUCAUUUAAAUUGCGGAGUGUUCAUAAUAUCGUAUGUUUCAGCUGCCAGCUAUUUUAUUUUUAGCUGCAGCUAAGGCUUUUACUAUAUGCUCUAUAUAAAUUAUUUUAGUCCUUAGGUCCUUUAGUUCUGGUUGCCUUGAGGCGAAGCAUAGUGCAAUUUUGUUUUUUUAUUAAUCUCAUAAUGGUUUUAAAUGCUGACUGUAGAAAACAAUACACGUAGUUCAUUGUACAGAGUUCGUUUAUUUCAACAAGUGAUAAUUAGUUAGUAAGUACCGUAUACCCUUCUCCUCCGUCGUCCAUCCCUCAUCUCCAUUGAACCCGGUCCAGUCCCUGCUCCUUUAAGAACUUAGAUUGACUCAAUUUUGUUCAUGCUAGUGAUAGUUUUUAAACCAAUACUUUGUAACGUACUGGUAUAGUUUUGGUUUCGUCGACCAAGCUAUUUAAUUCAAAUUUGUAUCGUAGGCAUAACAAAUUUUUAAUUUUAAUUUAUACAUAAUUAUAUAAAAUUGGCUAAAAUAAAAAAAGAACAAAAUAAAGAGGUUUUUACUAUUGCAAAAUUUAUCAAUAAAUUUGUAUUUUACGUUUUCUUCCACAUCCACUCGUUUGCACUUUCCAUUAAUACAUAGCUUGUAAAAUAUUCUAGUAUCUUCGUACAUUGGCUUUCGUUACUACUACAUACUAUUUUACUAUAUCGACUUAGUUACAGAACAUUUUGUAUUAUCUCAUACUUAAAAGAAGUCAUGCUUAAUAAAUCCGUCCAACAGUUCGAGCAUGUUUAACCCACACAAAGCUUACUUUAUCCAACAUCUUGUUGCCUGCAAGGUAAGUUAACUAAAGUACAGUUGCGCACCUAUUUUAUAGUUCGCUCGUUCGAUCGCUCGCUCGCCACUUCAUUUUUAUAUAUAAUACUAUAGAAGGGGCUAAUUGCCACCUUGGCUAUACGUGGAUAACAAUCAGUUGGCUGUACGUGUAUUAUAUAUCAGGAGUGAGACAUUAACUCAUAUAAUAUGUGAUACAUGCACAACAUCACACGCCCACGCCACGCCCAUGCGGCGAAACGCCCCAACAAACCCAUACUCGCAUAUAACAUUUAUUGCUAUCUACACUUAGUAUAUUUCUAUCUUGCAAUUACACAUUUGUUUUUUGUUUAGUUUUAUGUUUUCUAUAGUUAUAUAUUCUGGUAUGUUGGUUUGUGUGGAUUGAACACAUAAAUAUGCCUAUAUAAUGAUACUUAUAACCGAUAUUGUGGUUUGUGAAUGUUGACAAUAUUCUUGUAACCAGUAUUUCAAUUCAAGUUAAUAUGUUUCAAAGUUUCUAAGAUCACUCAACGAAUAUCAUUUGUAAAAGAGAAUUUCCGACAAAAUUAAAUCACAACACAUAAUUGUAGUAUGAAAGCGAAAUGUUAUUAUGAUUUAGUACUUUUUGUAGUUAAUCACCUCUGUGCUAAAAUCUCUCUCUAUCUCUCUAUCUUUAUAUCUCUAUAUUUUCAUGCAUAAGUCUCUCUUCUUCAAGUAAUAUAUCUCUAUUUUACGAACUCAACUGAUUUGUUACUAACUAUUAAUGAAAACCAGUCAAUACCGACACAGCAAUAAUACCAAAUAAAACAACAAUUUUUAAUAGUUCCACAAAAUAAAUGCACUAGCUCUUCGUCUGUAGUCCCCGAGAAUUACCGGAGUGGUAAAUUUAUUUACACUUCUUCAAUUACAAUAGACAUAGAAUUAGUUACUUAACUUACUACGCACGACUUCAAUUUUAUUCCAAAGUUAAUAUAUAGAUUCGGUUUUCUUUUUAAACAUGAACACGGACUAGUCUAGAUCCUGAAUCUGAAACACACACACACUCAGCCCCGUUUAAAAACUCGUACCUCCAGUUAUUUAACUUUCUCAUGCCAUACACAAAACUGAAUUUUUAUUACAUAGGCGCGGUAAUAAUUUGUUUUUUAAGAAUAUGCAAAAUGUCUGCUUCGAUGAAUUUAAAAACUAAGCAAUGCAAUCGCUAUUUGCGGUGAAGCUCAUAUCCAUAGAUUCCUCACAAUACAAAAAGCACUAAAUUAAUAUCAAAGACUUUACCAAUAUAACUGUCAAUUAAUAUUUUAAAUAUUGGUAUUGGUUGAUGAAUAUUGCAAAAAACAAAAACAAAAAACAAACAAACACAAACUCAAGAAUAACCAACAUUUCCGUGGGUUUUGGUUUCUUUAGUUCAGUUUCGCAUAAUUCCCAAAAGCCCCAGCGAUUCCCGAGCUGUGCGCGCAGCUGCAAAUGUUGUAACAUAGUUUUCGCUAUGAUUUGUUAACUUUUUAACAAUUUAACGCCAACAACAACACUCCACCACUCCACUCCACCAACACACCACACCACAGCACGCUCACAAAACGAACACCAACCGCACCACUCACCACUCUCACCACUCAGACACGCCCAUAUCCACCGCACACCGUACCGGUGCCGCAUGUAUAAGCCACAAGCCAACGGCAGUUCGGCAAACCCCUAGCCCCUAACCGCUCGCGCUCACCUCUUCAUAGUCCACCAGGACAUCAUCUGCUCGAGGCAGAUCAGUAUGUAACCGCUGGCCAGGCAGCACGAUGUGCGACAGUGUUUCUCCGGCCCAAAGGCGGGACAAACACUUUCGCAACUGCUCGCCUGAUUGAUUGCCUCUACCUGCUCCCUCCCCCUCAUGAGGGCGGGGGGGAUGCGUGCGUAUACGCAAUGUCGUUCACAAAAACGAAAACCCAACCCAUUAUGGUGCUUUUUCACAUACGACACCACUGUCUGACUAAAAGUUUUUCAUCAUGUACGCCAUCGCAACCAUGACAGGAGCCGAAAUGCCGCGACAGCUGCACAAUUGCCAAGGGUGCAAGCCCGCCCGUCUUGCGUAAUCGGAAUCGUCGCAAUUGUGGUCAGCCGGCUCGCGCGCAUUCUCGAGCAACUGCAUCGUGUAGGCUGUCCAGUGUAUUAUGAUUAUGGCAAAGGCGCAUUUUGCUCACGCAUCGACGCUCUUUGCCACAACGGCAGCCACGUGUAAAUGUGAACGUCGAUGCGGCGCACUAGCGAUGCACCACAAAUAGCAAGAGAAGCGAAGCAAGAACAACAGCAACAACAGGAAGAUCAACAACAAACACAACAACAACAAGAACAUCGACGAGUGGGUGCGGAUCAAGGCGGAUUAUCAAUGAACGAGACGACGGAACGUCCGAGUUCUCCCUCUUCCAGUCCUUUGUAAGCCAGCUAAGCUAAGCUGCAGCACAGGCUUCCAAACGCUUUAAAGCUCUUUCAACACUAACGAAAGCUUCCCAAGCUUUUUCCGUUGCAGCCUACGAACUUUCAAUUUUGUUUAAAGAAUAAUUGCGCGCUCAUUAUGAGAAAAUGGUGCUUCCGUUUUUGUUUAAGUUUUUAUUUUAUUUUCUCGAGCUUACCAAAGCAGCCUGUUAACAACAUACAUUUUAAAUUGUUAUCUAACAAGCAUCCAAUAAUACAUACUCGUAUUUAUGUAUAACUACAGUUUCAAUCAAUAUACAUACGUUACUAUAUUAUGGCACCUAUGCGAGAUAUUAAACAGAGAAGGGCCACUACAAACAAUGCCGCAAAUAAGUCAAACAGUCAAUAUAUUACAAGUAUGUUGAUAGUAAUCGAAGUCCAGCUAUGAGGACAGGCUUAGUAAAUAAAUAUUUAUUAAACACUUAAUUAAACGAACCUUUGAUAAUAGGAAAGAGCAACAUUUUACUUGAAGCAAUAAUUGAAAUUUUACUUUAAGAGCAAAACUCCAAAUAUCAAAUAAAUUAAAAAAUUGUAUAUCAUUUAAAAAUAAAAACUUUAUGCUAGCUUGAAUAUU